CCUCCGAAUCGGCAUUUCUGCAUCCUUUGCUGUGCAGCAGGGAGCCGCAGGUAAAGGUCUGGCUCUGGUACCUGCACAUGGACACACAGACACACGGACACACACCCUGCACGCACCUCUGCCGGGGACGGGGACAGACACCUCCCCACGCUCCCGAGCGCUGCAUCCUCCUCCUCGCGGGUGCGUGGCUGGGAGCAGCUCCCAGCUCUGCCUCUCCUCGCUGCCUGUGGCUGCAGCAGCAGCGAGAGGAGCUCAGUGCAGCCCCACUGCCCCGGGGGACAGAGCUCUGCAGGGAGCCAAGCCCAGCCAGGGGGCGAGUGCUGGGCCUCGGGGGUCCAGAGCAUCCCCAGCAUCCAGAGGUCCUGAGGUCCAGAGGUCCUGAGGUCCAGAGCAUCCCAGCAUGUGAAGUAUCCUGAGGUCCAGAGCAUCCCAGCAUCUGAAGUAUCCCAAGGUCCAGAGCAUCUGGAGCAUCCUGGGGUCCAGAUUAUUCCCUGGUCCAGCGCAUCCAGAGUAUCUGAGCAUCCUGCUAUCCAGAGCAUCCCUGGCACCUCAAGCAUCCUGCCAUCCAGAGCAUCUCAAGCCUCCCUGGUGCCCAGAGCAUCCCCAGCAUCCGGAAGCAGUGUCCAGGGACAUCCCGGAGGAGGGGUAUUUGCAGGGAUGAGGAAACGCCUGGCUGUGAGUAAUGGGGAGGGGAACCUUGCUCCUGCUGACGGGCUCCUGGGAAUGUCACUCUGCCCUGAUCGCCAGUGAAGAGGCAGAGUGGGGGAAGAGAGGGAGAGGAGGAGGAGAGGAGAAGGGAGGACGGAGACACAGAGAUGGCUCUUCUCGCCCCGGCGAUGAUCACCUAGCCCAGGGCGCGCUGGAGAAGGUCCCUGCAGCUCCUCAUGGAGGGUGACUUGGGAGCCCCCAACGCCAGCGUGCUGGGGGAGCGCUCACUGCUGGUGGGGAGCAGCUGGGUGGCUGCUUUCCUCUGCUUCAUCAUCCUGCUGACCACGGCGGGGAACUUCCUCCUCAUCCUCCUCAUCGUCACCCAGCGCUCCCUCCGCAACACCUCCAACUACUUCCUGGUGUCUCUCUUCAUGUCUGACCUGAUGGUGGGGCUGGUGGUGAUGCCCCCGGCCAUGCUCAACCAGCUCUACGGGCGCUGGGUGCUGCGGGGUGACUUCUGCUCCCUCUGGUACUCCUUUGAUGUCAUGUGCUGCAGCGCCUCCAUCCUCAACCUCUGCAUCAUCAGCCUGGACCGCUACCUGCUCAUCAUCUCCCCGCUCAAGUACAAGCUGCGGAUGACCUCCUGCAGGGCCCUCUGGCUCAUCCUGGCUACCUGGACCUUGGCCGCGCUGGCCUCCUUCCUGCCCAUCAAGAUGGGGUGGCACGAGCUGGAGUUCGAGGUCCGGUCCCCAAACGUCACCUCCCGUGGGGACGAGGACCAGUGCCGGCUGCUGGUCAGCUUGCCCUAUGCCCUGGUGGCCUCCUGCCUGACCUUCUUCCUCCCCUCCACCGCCAUCUCCUUCACCUACUGCCGCAUCCUGCUGGCAGCCCGCAAGCAGGCGGUGCAGGUGGCGUCCCUCGCCUCCAACGUGGCCACUGCCACCACCGAGGAGAGCGCUCCACAGCUUCCCCACGCCCCGAGCCAGCCCGCGGCCGGCAGCGAGAGCAGGAGGUUCACCAACAAGCACAGCAAGAAGGCGCUGAAGGCCAGCCUGACGCUGGGCAUCCUGCUGGGCAUGUUCUUCGUGGCCUGGCUGCCCUUCUUCGUCACCAACGUGACACAGGCAGUGUGUGGCUGCGUUCCAGCCGGCUUCUUCGACGUGCUCACCUGGCUCGGGUACUGCAACAGCACCAUGAACCCCAUCAUCUACCCGCUCUUCAUGAGGGACUUCAAGAGGGCCAUGGGCAAAUACCUGCCGUGCUGCCGGCGCUCCGGGGAGCCGCGGCUCAGCGCCAUCUCCCUGUCCAUGCGGAACUCCAACAGCGGCGCCCGCGCCGCCACGUCCCUCAAGAACGUGCUCACGCUGCAGGCCGAGACCGACUCGGGGGUGCUGGGGAAUGAACACAACCUGCUCCCGGCCCCCGGCGCCCGCCUGGGCACCCUCAGCGUGGAGCCCCCCGGCACGGAGCUGCAGCCCCGGCAGCUCGGCGCCCCCGUGGCCUGAGAGGGAGCCGUGCCAAGCCCUGUUUCACUGCUGAACGGACCUGCCUUGUUCUUCUCUCUUCCCAUCUCACCUUUGCUCGCCAUCACCAAGCCCUUGUCCCCCUCCGAGAGCUGCUUCUUGUGGCCUUUUCUGGUUAGUUUGAGCCUUGGACACCACAUCUUCCACCAGCCGACAUCUCCCUAAAGUUAAACCAAGGCUUGGCUUUCAUCUCCCUCUCCCACAGCUCGGUGGAUCACCAAAUGCACUGAAAGCAACAGGGGAAACAGCAUCCCAUGACCCCUGGCCAAGAGGUUUGGGGCUGUUUCAGGCCACAGAAUAUCCCAUCUUCUUGGAGCUUAAUCCCUUCACCUGGUUUGGACUGUAUCUGUGCUGCAGUGAGCAGCAGCACACUGAAACCGACGUGUUUAAUCACAAACUGCUCAAGGGGGGUUAAAUGUGAUGCACAAUGUUCAGCACCACUUUCUGGCUCCUCAGCAAGGUGUGGGUGUUCGCCUUGUUUGUGGCUCUCUGGGUAUCCUGACAGGAGAUAAGCUUCCCUUUGGAUUGCAUCCCACAGCUUCCUAUUUUUGGCAUGUGCCCAUCAUACUUUGACAGUCCGUCAAUUUUUAGAUGAUGUGGUUAAAAAAUAGACAUAUUUAUUCCCUUUGCAAUGAAAAUCUAUCCAAAUAUUGUCCUCUAAACAACAAUUCCAGCCCGUCCACAGCCAGAAGCAGAGAGAAAAGUGACUAAUGCAGCAAGUGGGCACUUAAAAAGAGUAAUAACCCAACGAAUGCUUUGAGCAAAUCCCUCCUCAAGUGCCUUUCUGAUGCAGUGAUGGGCUGGGGGCUGGUUGCUGCCCCCCUGGACUCAUACCCUACAAGGCUGCUGCCUGUUUCUAAGCUCACACGAAGGAGUUUGCACUCCCAAAACUCACUGUUGUCCAGACAAAG